AUGCAUUUAUAUUACGUAUGUAUGUGGUAUGUGCAUGUUUUUUUGAAACAUGCAUGCUUUUCCAUUAGCUUUCUUCUUCUGUUUCUGUGUUAUGAUGAGUAGUGCUUAUGGUAUUAUAUUGGUCGGCCAUUUUUUUGCUAUUACGAGCAAAAUUAUAUGAAAAAACUAAAAAUAUUAAUGUUUUUCCGAUUAUCUGCUUAUUAUAAUUGAUGAAAAAAUGAACAUUUAAAAAAUUCUUAUUUGAAAAAUGAAAAUUGACCAUAUGUUUUUACAUGUGAGUGUAUGUGAUUUUCUAUUUGGCGCCAUAAGUUUAUCCGCAUGUCUGUUGUGUAAUCUAUCAAUAUAUUCAUCAUCAUCAAUAAUAAUAAUAUAUCUUUAUUUAUUUACUGUUGCUAUUGCUAUAAUAGCUCAUAAUGAUAUUCAAAUCUGCCGGCAUAAUGUUAUAAUUUAAUUAGUGAUUGCUGUUUUCUUAUCACUUUCGUGAACUUGAAAUCGAUCAAUCAACAAAAACAACAAACUUCAUUUUUUUAUAUGUAAAAACAAAAAUGCUAAUCGACAACGUUGACACCGUUGAAUUGAAACGUAAAUUAGACCCGGAAAUUGUCCAUGGAAUUUGGUCAGCAAUCAUUCAACUUUCACUCAAACAACAUGAUGAUGAUGGCAGCAAUGUUAUUGGAUUUGAUUACGACCAAGUAUUUGUUGAACAAAAACUUUUGGUGGAAUAUAUGGUCGAACAUUUUUCCCGGCUAGAGAAUUCCAAAAAUGUUUCAUUGUCAAUCGAACAAGCCGUUCAUGAAGGUUUAAUUCGAAAACAAGAGAAAAAAACAGCUGAAGAUGGGCAGUUGAUGAUGAAUGGAAAUGUAAGUGAUAAUGAUGAUCACAAUGUCGACAACAAACAGAAAGAGUAUUUAAUCAGCUUGCCUCAUGAAACGAUGAAAUUUCCAUCACACGAUUGGUAUUGUUUUGAAUGUCAUCGUAUUAAUUACAAAAGUAAUAAAACCAACAACGAUACUGAUGAUGAUAACAGUGAUGAAACUUGUUCACCAUCUUUGAUACUAAAGGAAUGUCAACAUUGUUGGCGUGUUUAUCACCAAAAAUGUGUUCAACAGGCAAUGGAAUUUAUUGAUCAAAUAAUUCCCGAAAAUGAUCGAAUAACUUCUAGUAGUUUUUCGAGUGAAACAUUUAUCUGUCCUAUUUGUAUGUUAACUAAGAAAUAUUCAUCUUUUUCGGUUGGAUCUCGUCUUUUUGAUCAAAGUGAAUUUAAUCAGAUAUUGAGCUAUACAUACACGCGAUUCAAAGCAAAAGCAUCGCAUCAAAUAUCACAUUCCUUACUUAAUAUGAAACAAUCAUUGUACAAUACAACCUCUAUGUCAUCAUUGAUAUCAUCAAAAAUAGUAUCUUCUUUGUCAUCCACUUCUUUAUCAGUUCCAACUCAUGAAAUGAAUGGUGAACUAUCAUCAGAAUCGAACAAGUUCAAAAAAGCAAUUCUGAAUCCAAGAGAUUUGUUCAAUCAAUUGGCAAUCAAUUAUCUUUCAUACAAAUAUAUCGAACUUGAUGAUAUGGAAAAAUAUUUAGAAAAUAAUCAAUAUAAAACCAUUGCAGAAUUUUUCGGUGAUUGUCUUACUGUUCGCCAUAUGUUAGAGGUGGUUGUUUGUUCUCAAUCAGAACAAUCACCAACCGUACAACGAAGAAUAAGCGAUGCUUUAUCACGUAUGAUUGAAGCCACCAGAUAUGAAUUGAAAGAAAUGAUUGGUUGUGUUGAUUGUUAUCGUAAUUCUAAUCGACAAAAUAAUAAGUUAUGGUUUUGUUGGCCUUGUGAUCCACCACAUGUGUUGGUUUUUGCCAAACAGAAAGGCUAUCCAUUUUGGCCAGCCAAAGUCAUCUAUCCACGGAACAGUGAUGAGAUUGAUUGUUGUAAUCAAUUGGAUGUUAGAUUUUUUGGUUCGAAUCAUGAACGUUCAUUAAUUGACAAGUCAAAUAUCAAAGAUAUUAAUUCAUCAUUGGCUGAAUUGAACAUAUUGAAACCAAUUCAAUCGUUGGAUAAAGCACUGCAAGAAUUACGCACAUAUAGGGAAUUAUUGGAAUCAAAAGACCCUAUAUCAACAGAUGAAUUCAAAAGUUUUAAAAAAUGUAUGAAUAAAGCACCGUCAUCGGUUUCGAAAUAUGAUAAUAAAGAAGGUGAAAUUAAUAGCACAACUAAUAAUUCUAAAAGUGACAAGUGCAAUUUUAAAAAUGAAGAUCAAUCGCUUAGACGAACAAAACGGAAAUCAAAAUCAAAGUUUCGUAGACAAAAUGAUGAUGGUUGUUUUGAAGAUCUAAUGACUGAAGAAAGCAGCAGUGUGAUGGAAGAAGAUGAUGUUGAUGAAGAGGAUAAACAGGCUGAAAAUGAUGAUGAACAGGAUAAUUCUCAAUCAAAUGAUACAAAAAUAAAAUCAGAUGAAGAUGAUGCUACAGAUAUUGAUACUUAUACUGCAAAUAGUGAACCUGAAGAUUCCACUGGAACUAAUGAGAAGAGUAAUUCAAAAUCUCCACCCAAGGGGAAAGGUCGUGGCAGACCUAGAAAAUAUCCAUCAUCAUCAAGCUCAGCAACAACUGGAAAAAAGCAACUUAAAUCUCCUAAAAAUAAAUUAUCAUCACUAUUGUCAAAAAAUCGAAUCCGAAGGAAAAAAAUAAUAUAUUCGCCAAACUACAAUUUUCGUCCGUCCGACAAUAAUGACAAUGAUUGUUUAUCCAUAAAUACUAGUCUUGAUACAUCAUCAAAACGUGGGCGUAAACCUAAACUCUUUCAUUCACCUGUUUAUCAUCAAAUUCCGUCUUCCUCAAAAUCGGUCAAAACAGUAAAACCAUCGCAACGUUUAUCAGCUAAAAAAUGGAUACAAAAAUCAGCAUCAAUAGCCAAACGAAACAAAAAUGAACUUCGUUGCCUAACAACUACCUCACCAUUGAAUAAAAAAGCAAAAUUACAUUCAUCAUCACCAUCAUCGACGUCAUCUAAAUCUAAUUUACAUUCACCGAAAUAUUCAAAAAAACAACGUGAAAUUGAACGUGAACGCCAGUUGAUCAAAGCACGUAGAAAAUUGUUAAUGAAUGAAAUGGAGACGCCCAAGCAUAUACCACCGGUAGUGGCAACUAAAUCAAUUCCAACGAAUUCGAUUUUAUCGUCCACAAUAGCAAAACCAUCAUCAUCUAUCUUAAAUAAGAUUCUUAAUGCUAACAACUAUAAAUCAAUAAACUUCGAUUCUUCCAAUUCUCUUUAUUCACAAAAUGCAAUUCAUGAACCUAUCAACGGUUGUGGUCAAUAUUACGGUAAUAAUGAUAAACAUCAUCAGUUACAACAUGACUACGUUCUAGUUUCGGAUGGUUCUAUGAUCAAAUCAGAAACGACUGAUAACAAUGAUAAAGCUGAUUUGAUUCGAAAAUCCACUGAUUACACAACAAGCUUUCAACAGGAACAUAAGCCUCCUAGUAGUUUUCUUAAACCUUUGAAUAGUGAAGGCGAAACUGAUGAAGAUCGUGUCACAGAUAACGAUGUUAGUAAUGACCAAAGUAAUACCCAAAUAGAUGAGAAAUCAAAGGAACCUAAAAAUGAGAAUGUACAUAAUAAUGAUGACAAAAAUGUGAAACAAAAUAAUUCUGCUGCAAUUGAUGAUGAUGAUGAUGACGAUGAAGAACCAUAUCUAUAUGAUGAUGAACAAUUAGAAGAGCAUAUAAACUAUUAUCUAGCAUACGAAAAAGAAAAGGCAAGACAAGAUCACCAGCAGCGAUUAAAUCUUUACCAUCAACAACAGCAGCAACAACAACAACAAAUUUUGUCUGAUCACUAUCAUCAAGUGAAUCAUUUUCCACCAAGAAUGAUAAUGCCCAAUAAUUUGCUGGUCGAUCGAUCUAAAUUUGAAGAAAGUUUCUCGCACAAAACCAAUGGAUUUGUGAAUGAAUCACCAUUUUCCGAACCAUCCAAAAAAUAUAUUGAUUACUCACAAGCUCAAAUCUAUGUACCAACAAAAAAGAAUCAAAAUCUCGUUAAUUCAUAUCUUUAUCAUGUAGAAACGAACAAUCAAAAAAUACCUCAUUAUCGUGGUGAUUAUCUUGCACAAUACAUUCUGCAAAAGGAUGAAUUUGAACCCGAAGAAAUGCAGAUUAGCCCACGAAAACGUGGUAGACCAUCAAAAAAUGUUGAACAUUCUUCAUUUGAACAUUCACAAAAGGCACGUUGUUUACUGGAAAAAAGUUAUCUUCAAGAUAGUGCUUGUAAUCGUGCCUGUUUGACAAAUAAUGUUAAAGCAUUUAAAAAAUUCAGAGAAUUUCUCGAAACACAAAAUAAAAAUGAAAUUUCAAAGCUCAAACGAGAACUUGAAGAAUCCAAACAACAAGUAUAUCGUUUAACGAAUAAAACGACUGAAUUAGAAAUGAUUGUUAAAAAUGAACGUGAUCUCAAUAAACGAUAUAAUCCAGCUGUCAUCAGUCAAAUGGAGGAACGAUACAAACGUGAAAUAUCCGAAGUAAAACGAAAACAAUGGUGUGCAUUGUGUGAAGCUGAAGCAAAUUAUUUCUGUUGUUUCAAAACAGAUUAUUGUUCUCCAGAAUGUCAACUGAAACAUUGGAAAGCUGGUCAUCAAUUUGAAUGUACAAGAAAUAAGAAUAAUGGCAAAAUGAGCAAUGAUAAAGCUAUCAAAAUUGAAUAAUGGUCAUUCAUCUUGAAAAUUUUUCAUGCAUAUCAAUCAUUUCAAGCAAUCAAUUGAUACAGCUUAACGAUUCAUAUAUUUACGUAUAUAUUUGUAUAAAUGUAAAUAAUAGAAAAAAAAAUUUAUAUAACAAUAUAUGAUUGCAAUUAAUUAAUAAUUACAAAAAAAAAAAAGUUUGCCAA